AGAGAGAGAGAGGUAGCAGUCAGUGCAAUGGGAUAGAGGAGAGCGAGGAGGAGGAGGAGGAGAGUGAAUGAGAGCUGCUGGAUCUGCCUUGCCUGUGUGCCUGCCUGUCGUCUGCUGAAGCUGGGUUUACUGCCGCGCCACGCUGCACUGGCACAGAGCAGAGUCACGGCCCAUUUGCACCAGCGUCUGCACUCCCAGCACCAACACAGAGCCACACAGCACCGGUUCUUACCCCAGCGACACCCACCAGCAAGGAAAUCCAGGGGCAGAGCUCACCAGGCUUUCUCCAUCACCCAGGGGGGGAAGCAGCAGCGACGAAAGGGGCCUGACGCUACAAUUUAGAAACCAGCUACUACUUUAACCAAAUCCCCUUCCACCUUAUCCCAUCCUUACCAACACCACCACCGCUCCUUUCUUGCUUCUCCCUAUGCCCUUGUCCGCGGUGGCUCCUCUCACCUCCCUGGCCAGUAUAUGGAUAGAAGCUCCCUGUUUCAGCUCAUACAAGAGCAGCUGGACCCAGACAACACCGGUUUCAUUGCAGUGGAGAACUUCACCAGCUUGGUGGAGCACCAUGAGCUGCAGCUGGACCCGUCCAAACUGGACAUGCUGUUAGCCCUGGUCCAGAGCAAUGAAGAGGGACAGGUGUGCUACCAGGAGCUCAUCGAGCUGAUGAGCAGUAAGCGCUCCAGCAGUUUCCGACGUGCCAUUGCAAAUGGCCGCCGCACGCUGCAACGGGAGAUCCUGCUGGACGAAACGGGGCUCGGUCUAUACAAACGUUUUGUGCGCUAUGUGGCCUACGAGAUCCUGCCCUGCGAGACGGACCGGCGCUGGUACUUCCACCAGAACCGCCUGUGUCCCCCGCCUGUCUUCAUCGCCAUCGUCACCAUCGUACAGAUUAUUGUGUUCAUGUGCUAUGGCAUCAUGCUAAACAAGUGGGUACUGCAGACCUAUCAGCCCGACUUCAUGAAGAGCCCCCUGGUCUAUCAUCCCGGCCACCGUGCACAAGUGUGGCGCUUCUUCAGUUAUAUGUUCAUGCACGUUGGUUUGGAGCAGCUGGGGUUCAACGCUUUACUGCAGCUGAUGAUUGGCGUUCCUUUGGAGAUGGUCCAUGGCAUCUUACGAAUAAGUCUGCUUUACAUGGCAGGAGUGCUGGCCGGCUCACUGACAGUGUCCAUCACCGACAUGCGUGCUCCAGUGGUGGGGGGCUCCGGAGGGGUCUACGCUCUGUGCUCAGCGCAUCUGGCCAACGUCGUCAUGAACUGGGCCGGGAUGCGUUGUCCGUACAAGCUGCUCCGCAUGAUCCUGGCGCUAGUUUGCAUGAGUUCGGAGGUGGGUCGUGCAGUCUGGCUCCGCUUCUCACCGCCGCUGCCCUCCUCGGGGCCCCAGCCCAGCUUCAUGGCACACCUAUCGGGGGCCGUGGUCGGUAUCAGCAUGGGGCUGCUGAUUCUGCGCAGCUAUGAGGAGAGUCUGCAGAAACAGUGCUCUUGGUGGGUCAUCGUCUUCUCCUUCAUCACCUUCCUCCUCUUCGCCAUCUUCUGGAACAUCUUUGCAUAUGAGCUGCUGGGGGUGCAGAUACCACCGCCUCCCUGAUGAAUGCCUCCCCCCCCCCCCCCCCCCACAGGUCCUCCUCCACAUACACACUGACUCCAACCCUGCUCCAAACAAAGGCUCCCCUUUGUCCAUAGUUAACAUUUCCUCUAAAGUUAGACCCAAAUGAAAUGAUAUGAUAUCAUUCAAAACAAAAAAAUAACCAAGAAUCCUUUUUUACAGAUACUUUGCAAAUCAAAGAAAUAUGUCUCUUUUAUUAAAGAGGGAUUACAGUAGCAACACGUACAGGUGAACGUUCCUCAGAUCCAUUUUGAGGAGCAUUAUAUCUUUUUAUACAUACGUUGAAAUUUCAUCUGCAUUACCAGCACUAACCUUUCAGUGAGCAUUUAGCCAUUGUGCUCUUUAUUUCAGAGGUUUUUGAACAGCUGUUUCAUCUGUCGUUUCUAUGAGUGCAUCUUGCAUACACGUUAAGAACAAUCCGAGUUGAUGACGCGUGGUGAAAGGUGAAAGGGAAAGAGAAUUAAAGGAAGGAAAACAGUACGAGUGUGUGUUGAAGUGGUGACAACGUUGACAAAACGCAAUAACAAAUGUUUUGUUUCACGGAGGUUUGCUUAAAGGCACUUAAGCAGAGUAGACACCUGAAUCUGAGACCUUUGGCUGUGCCACCAAUCAAAGCUGUAGCUUCUUUGAAUGAAGAUUAAGAGACGAGUUUCAGGAAAAGAGAGUUUAUUUCUGGGAGCGGCAAUAAAUUAAAAAAAAUACCGAAGCACCAAUGGAAUAUGAUUGCUGAUAUGAUUUUUCGCUUCCCCAGCCCUGCUGUAACUCACAGAGGACACUGGCUUUUUGCAGAAUUGCUGGCUCACUGAUUGAAAAACAAAAACAACAGAUAGAACAAAUUGAGCUGCUAAGAAGGAUCUCCAGUCCAAUUAUAAGACAUCAGUCAAAAAAAUUCUUUGCCCCUGAGUGUAAAUGGCUUUACCACAGGAAGGAGGAAAAAGGGAGGAGAAAAGAUGUAAAUGUAAGUUUUAUGUGGAUUCUUUCUUUGUCAAUGAGUAGUUUAAGAAUUAUCUGUCAUUUUUACUUCAUGGGGUCCUGAAAAAUUAGAAGACAUGCAUUUAUUUAUGUUAUUUUCAUGACAUUAUACCUACACUGUGGAUACAGACUCAUAGUUCACACAACAUAGACAAGACGGGAAGAUGGGAAAUGAAAGUGACCACGUGACAGAAGAGAAGCGAAAAAGAAGCUCAUGAGAAAAUGUCAGCUGAAGUUUCCUGGAUGUUCAUCACUUAAGCGAGUGAACUCCUCCUGUUGCUGUGUCACACUGACCUCCAACUUGCUAGGCGCACCAUGUAAAAUAUGCCAUGUCAUGCUCUGUGCUCUUAGCGACACACACACACACACACACACACACACACACACACACACACACACACACACACACACACACACACACACACACACACACACACACACACACACACACACACACACACAGGCCUCUGCCUGUUCUCGCUCUGACAGACUGAACUGGGGGGAGAGCGGAUGUGUCAUCAUCUGACCUCUGAACGUCAUGUCCCAGAGGGCAUCGGGGUCUCUCUGUCAGGCCCAGUCUAUACCUCAGUUUCUCAUUCUUAGGGACUGUAUACUUUUGUAAAGGAAUGUACCUAUAAUGAAAAAAAAAAAAAAGAGUGUUAUUAAGUUGUCCCCAUUUUUCAUUUGAUAGUGGAUGUGUAUAUUGUAUGUUCAUAACCAAGAGUAUAUUUAUUUGUAUUUUUUUUUCCUCUUUGAGAGGAAAAGAGAAAAAUUUCAAAUGGUGCAAAAUGCUAUGAUUGUUAUUCUUCUGAUAACUCCUGUAUGGCUUUGACAAAUAGUCUAUGAGGCAGAAUCCCCGGGUUAGUUAGAUGACCACCAAUGGCUCAAGCUCACUUGAUUUUAUAAAUCGUUAGUGCUUUACAAAAUAAGCCAUAGACCGAACUAAUUGGAGAGGGUAAAAGAAGAGGAAAAAUAUGUGUUUUUUUGGGUUAAAACUUGCUGUUUGGUAGCUACAGUGAAACGUGUACGUGCGUGGGUGUGUGCGCGUGUGCGAGACAUAAUUUCUCCAUUGUGAAUUUUCAACAGGUGAUGUGAAAGAAGACAAACUGUGCAAAUACAAAAUGAAACUCUGGACUGUUUAAGAUGUUUUCAUGUAGCGAGACACAUUUUUACAACUUGUUCGUCAACCUGUUUGUAGUCAAUGAUGCAGCUUCAUUUUGCAAGUGCCCGUAUCUCCAAACUCUCCCCGGCAGCGCACACAUGCCUCAGUGCAGCUCUUCUUUUUGCAUAUAACAAAUUAUGGACAGAGCUUCUGUCAUAUAUUAUCUCUAGAGUGAUUCAAACUUUUUUUGGAAAGCUGAGGAUAGGAAAGCAAUUACAUUUACUCAUGCUACGUUCCAUUUUUCAGUCUUGCAAUCAAUAAUUAAUUUGAAUGUCCACUACUGCCUGAGGAAAGAAAUGUGUUAUGCAUUUGCCAAUUUUGAUAGUUGUUCAUAAAUACAGUUCUCAGCAUUUGUGUCUACAUGAAACUCAUAGUAACAGGAGACUCAGUGUUAAAUGAGGAAGUCUGUAUGAAAUAGCCAGAAAAAUAGCCAUUUUCAGAUGCAUUAAAAAAAGAUAUGUAUAUUAAUGGAUCUUUGAUAGAAACUCUUGUGUAUACUAUGAUAUAACAUUGCUUGGGAUAGCAAAAAUACAUUGAUGAAUGAUGCAUAAUACCGUGUUAGCUUAUAAUGAAGAUGAAGAGAAUGCCUGGGAGGAGGUUAAUGCACCUCUUUAACUGAAGAUUCAUAGGAAUAUAGGGUUGUAAAAAGGGCUAGUAAAUGGCUAUGUUUUAUAUAACACAUUAACUGUGAAUUUUUCCCCUCCUGGAAGUACAUGCAGGACUGAAAUUGAAGACUUGUGAAUUCUUGUUGCCCCUAAAAAAGAUACUCAACUGAGUUGUCCUCACACAAAGGGACAGGCCGGGUGUUUGAUUUAUAAUUAAGUAUCUUCUGAAAAGAAAGCAGACACUAACAUCUGAAACAGAAGAAAAAGUGAGCAGUGCAUGUAUCUGACAUAAGGAAGGUGGAGGGGUAAAGUUUUCUAGAUUAGUUUAUUUACUUCUCUGUAAACCAAAUCUCCCUGACCCAUCCCCAAGACACCUGCUAAACAAAAUCCCAUGCUGUCUGAUACAAGCCUUUCCUGCACUCAGACUAUUUCUUAAAGGACAGGAGUGAUAGAGGCCUGUGUUGGCAAACCUCAGCAGCAGCGUACGUGCUCUCCCAACACCUCCAGUGUCAAGAUGAUGCAUGGCUCAUCCGAGGACACACCAGAGCCCAGAGCGAGGCCGUAAACAGGAUAUCAUCCUUUAAUAAGGGGUUCUGACAGGCUGCAUGAUGUUAAUUUAAUUGCUGUCUUUUGAGUGACACAUUUGUUUUCAUCAGUAUAAGGAAGGCACAGAGGAAUGGCAUGAGCUGAAUAUGAGCAGUCUAUCAAUAACAUGCAAUCUAUCACCACCCACCACCCCCCUCUCUCUUUUAUUGGUUUCGAUACAGUGCGGCAUGAGAGGAUGUUGUGCCAACUUGUUUGAGUCUCAUUCUGUGCUCGUCUCGUUCAAAAAUGCUGCAUACUUGACAUUUCUCUGCUGUUACCUUUUUCUUCAUUUAGUCAUCUGUGGGCCUUUUUUUGCACUUAUUAUGAUGUAGUUCACUGACAUGUUGGCAUGUGCCAUAUUCUAUACUGCCAUAAACAUUCUUUAAAGCUUUUAUACCUCCCUAUGCCAAUCCAUUGUGCUGUUAUGCCCAAUGCCUUGUUUAUAAUAUAGCCGCCCAGAACUAAGCACCGGGCAGAGAAAGCUGCUUUGCCAUCAGCUGUACGGUGUGUUAUGAUCAUGCAUAGAAUCCAUAAGAGAAAGAGGCCCCGGUGCAAACAACUGAAAUUGUUAAUAUAGCCAGUAGCUGCUCUGAACAGCUGCUCCCCAAACAAGCCGGCCAGGUUGCCUUUUCUUAACGUUUAUUGCUACUUAGAUACACAGUAUAUAUGGGUAACUCUCACUGCAGGACUGUGCAGGUAAAGCAGGCUACUGUAGCUCCAGAGAUGAGAUGUACUUGCAGCAACCGUGCAUACAAGGGUUUUACUAAAGACAUUGUGCUUGAAAUGCUGGUUUCUAGGACCCCAAAAUGUACAAACAUUUGGCGUUAGUUCCCAAAUUAUCCUGAAUAUUGCAACACAAAUGUGCAAAAUAUAACAUCUUAAACUGGAUGGGACAGUGCAGACUAACGAGCGUCUGUGAAUCCUGAUGCUUGCAGGUUGUCAUAGCUCAACACCUAUCCAUUAUGCUAAAAAUAAAAAGUCUACAGCAUUGAACUUAAUGAAGAUAAGUGAACACCGAUUUUUGUCUACCACAGCUAGAAACAAGCAUACAAUGGUUUGUAACUGCAUUCAGGGUUUGUUUCUAGAGAUGAGGGUAUAUUUUCUGGUUUGUAACAGAGAACGUUGCUAAAGUCGUAGUUUCCCAGUUUCUAGCUUUGGGGACAGAAUCUUUUCAUGUUCACAAAACCUGCCUGAGCCCCUCAAGCUCAUGCAAAUAUCAACAGGUGGUUUCUUUAAAUGAAUUGAUUCCUUUUAAAG